UAAACUAACAUACAUGCCAUUCCAGUUAAUUUGACAGACACGUCUCGGCCAGCCCUCAGUGUUUCCUGCUGUGGGUCCCUCCCUGUCAUGACGUAAUUGUAUGACCGACGGUAAGGUUUUCAUUGGUGGUCCUCCAUCGCCGGAUACACAGUGGCAGUUUACCACUUUCUCCUCGUCGAACCUGAAAACAGGCUUGGCAAAUUUAAAGCUGGGAUGAUGGGCGACCACUGAAUGCUCACAGAUGACACCAUGAACCCUGCCGCAAGCGGCGCUGCCGACUCCCGACAGGCAGACAAUAGCAACAAAAAGCAACACCGGGCUUCAUCCCCAGCCAGAUUCAGGGACACCACUCCCAAGUCUGCCACCAAAAGCCCAACGACAUCCAAACCUGUCGCUUCAAAGCAAAGUGGAAAGAACAGCCGAGGUAGCUCUCCGGUCACGGUGACCGGUGGCAAGGACAAACAGUCUGGGAAAGGCGCGGCAGCUGUCCACCCUAGUGGUGCUGAAAGUCCCACUUUGAAAAGGGCGGAGACGAGCAAGAAAAUCGAACAGCUUAGCAACUCGUCGGAUGAUGCUAAUGAUUUGGAACCGAGUUCUGUGAAGGGAGAGACGAACCGUGUCGUUUCUGAUCAACCGUGUUCAUCAAAAUCCUCCCAAGCAAAAGGCAAAAAUCUGAAAGCAGAGGCAGCAGCGAGCAGCAGCAAACCGACGACCAAGACAAGUGUAGGGUGUGGGCCAGGCUUUUGGAGAGACGGAUGCUUACAGUCUGAAUUGAUACAGUUUCAUCUCAACAAAAGCUUGAAAAACGGAGGCAAGAUGCACACGAAGACAGCAAGCCCUCCGGUUGCGGAACUGGAGCCGUCGCUAGAAGCUACCGAUGCAGCGUUGAUCCCUCCGCAGAACCAAGAAAUGCAGGAUGAAAUUGAGAAACUGUUAGACGAAAACGAGGACCUUAAGUGUGAAAUUGAAGAGAUGCGGACAGAAAUGGACGAAAUGCGAGACACAUUUUACGAGGAGGAUGCUUGUCAGCUGCAAGACAUGAGACGCGAGUUGGAGAGAGCCAAUAAGAACUGCAGGAUCCUCCAGUACCGCUUGCGGAAGGCGGAGAGGAAGCGGAUGCGUUACGCACAAACCGGUGAAAUAGAUGGCGAUCUCCUCAGGAGCUUAGAGCAGGACCUAAAGGUGGCAAAGGAUGUGUCUGUGAGACUGCACAAUGAGCUGGAGAAUGUGGAGGAGAAGAGGACAAAGACAGAGGAGGAGAAUGAGCGACUCAGGCAGCAGCUAAUUGAAGUGGAAAUCACCAAGCAGGCCUUACAGAAUGAACUGGACAAGGCCAAAGAGCAUAAACGCAAAGGGAAAGAUGGGCAGAAGAAGUCUUCACAGACCCCAACAGAGGAGGAAAAUGAAGAUCUGAAGUGUCAACUGGCCUUCAUCAAGGAGGAAGCUGUCCUGAUGAGGAAGAAGAUGGCGAAGAUCGACAAAGAGAAGGACCGCCUGGAGCAAGAGCUGCACAAGUACCGCUCCUUCUACGGGGACGUGGAUAGCCCUCUCCCUAAAGGCGAGGCCGGGGGUCCCCCGACCACCCGCGAGUCCGAACUUAAACUGCGCCUCCGCUUGGUGGAGGAGGAGGCCAACAUCCUGGGGCGCAAGAUCGUAGAGCUGGAGGUGGAGAACCGCGGUCUCAAGGCGGAGCUGGACAACAUGCGAGGGGAGGAACUGGGGGCAGGGGGCCUGGCGGACCCGGUUGCCCGUGAGCAGAGUGAGGCGCUCUCUGAGCUCCGGCAGCAGUUGCAGCUGGUGGAGGACGAGGCUGAGCUCUUACGCCGCAACCUGGCCGACGUGGAGGAGCAGAACCAGCGCGUGACCACAGAGCUCAACAAGCUCAAGUACAAGGCUGGGACCCACGAGAGCUCCCGCCACGGGUCCGGAGGGGCGGCGGCUGCUGCUGCGGACGCAGCAAAGGUUGAGGCGCUACAGGAGGAGCUCAAGUCGGCUCGGCUGCAGAUCAACGAGCUGAGUGGCAAAGUGAUGCAGCUGCAGUACGAGAACCGCGUGCUGCUGUCCAACAUGCAGCGCUACGACCUGGCCUCGCACCUGGCCAUCCGCGCCAGCCCCCGUGACAGCGACGCCGAAAGUGACAGCGGGCGUCGCGAGAGCGAUGACGACUCGUCCCGCCUGCCGCCACACCGCAAGCGCGAGGGUCCCAUCGGCGGUGAGAGCGACUCGGAGGAGGUGCGGAACAUCCGCUGCCUCACGCCCACUCGCUCCCUCUACUCGCCCGAGAGCCGUUUUUUACCCCGAAGCCUUAAGGACCGCCAGCAGAUGAUGGACAUCCGCAUGGAAGCAGAGAGGCUAAGCAGGACCAUUGACCGGCUCAUCGCAGACACCAGCACCAUCAUCGCUGAGUCCCGCGUCUACGUGACCAACGGCGAGCGUUUCGGCCGCAUGGAGGAGGACGAAGAUGGCGGCCGCAUCCGCGAGCAUGAGCUGCUGUACCGCAUCAAUGCCCAGAUGAAGGCCUUCAGAAAGGAGCUCCAGACCUUCAUAGACCGCCUGGAGGUGCCUAAGCCUGAGGACAGGGAAGCAGAAGAGCCUCUGUCUCAAGAUGAGAAGAUACAAGAGGUGUUACGCUUUUCAUGCAUGGGCUACAGUUAUUCACACGCCUUUGAGUAUUUGCAACAAAUGCCUUGGCAUCCACACAUAACAAAAGUUGGACCUGGACAUUGCAACAUAAAUUACAGUAUGUGGAAUGCGUUUGGAAAUGGGUCAGGGUUGCACGGAGGUGGCGGUGGACAUGUGGGCAAAGCACAAGGUUGGGAAUUCGUCCCAUGCUCCAGGUUGGAUAGGGAGAGGGGAAGGGGCAAUAGCCGUAGUCCGCUCCGGACCCUCUCACCGUCAAUUCCUGUCGGUCAUUUUUACGAACAGCCCAUACCUGGACUUGGAGCGGCCGUGGCAUCCGAAUCAACCCGGGGGCAGGUCCCCCGGCAUGAGUUACAGACUCAACAAUCUCGCCUGAAAAAGAAAAUUGAGGACUUAAAAAAGCGCCGUGGACAGGACAGAGAAGAAUGGAUGAGGGAAAAAGAAGGACUUUUGAGACAAAUGGCCGAUAUACAAGGAGGGGAAAAUAGAAGAAUUUUGUUGGAUCUGAAGUCGAUUUUGGAUGAAGUUCAGCUGGAGGUGAAGAGAGAAGAAACGAAACGGAGCGAGCUGCAAUUGCAGUACAUGAAGGACCGAUGCGGAUGGGAGCUGGAACGAGCAGACCUGAAAUGCCGUAUUGCGCAGUUGGAGGUUAGAGAGUGUGGCUCAUCUGUGGAGACGGCGAAGGCGAGCGAGAGGAGCGCGGAGACCGGGGGCACGCUGAGGAGAGAGCAACAGGAGCAGAAGAGGCUCCUGGCCGACACGCACACGGUGGCCAUGGACCUGCGCUGCCGCAUGGAGCACAGCGAGCGGGGCUGGGUGCGCGAGAGGUCCGAGCUGCUGGAGCGAUUCGACCUGGAGAGGAAGGAAUGGGAGAGCCAGCUCCGAGACAUGCAGAGGAAGAUUGAGGAGCUGUAUGGUGAGGUGAAGCCCCGCCGGGACCCGGGUGACGUCGGGCAGAACGCAGAGGCCCUCACCUCGGCCCGGCUCAGUAUGCAGUCAGCCAGCACCGGCUCAAGCGUCCUCACUGACCCCUCCGACGCGCACAGCAGCAGCUACUCCGACUCGACCCGUCAGCACAGCCAGAGCCGUGGGGGCGGGGACCUGUCGGUUCGCCUUAGCAACAGCCGCGACAACAACAGCAGCAGCCGCAGCAGCAGCAGAGGGGAAGCAGGGACGCGUAGCGGUGCUCACAGCGAGGCCAAGGUCGACCGGCGGGCUGCCACGUCAGCGGAGCGUCAGGAGAUUGACGCGGGCAUCGACUCGGCCGAGCUGGAGGAUAUCUUGCAGGGGUGUCUGGGGCCGAAGCUGGAGAGACACCCCUCCCUCGCUGGGCAGGAGAGGCUCCUCAACCCCUACGGUGACCUGCAGAACAUGGAGAUCCGCUGUGGGACCGAUAAGAGGAACACCAUCGCCUUGAAUGCCGCUCUCAAUGAAAUAGCCCGAGUGAGUGAAGAACUGUGCAGCUACCAGGAUGAGAUCAGGAGGAAGUCUGACAUUAAAAGAAACUGCACAGAAUCGCUGUACUUUCCAGAGGAGUUGGAGAGGAUGGAGAAUGAGAGGAACAAAAUGGAGAUGGAUAAAACCUUCUUCAGCCUGAACCAGUGGUGUAGGGAGCUCCAGGAUAUUGACGAACACGGUUGGAUCAGUCCAAAAGGCGCUAUCAAGGAGACAAACACGAUAGAACCAGAAAUCAGAAGCCCCCCGAGGCAGUCGCCCGAAGCCCCGCCGGUUCCACCUCGUAGCACGUCCUGGUAUAUGAACAGUCCCCCUCUGCUAGAACCAGAGUUCAGUGUCCCAGAACCCCGCGUGGACAGGAAGUGUCCCAGUCCAUGUGUCCAUUUGGACAGGAAGUGCAACAGCCCCUCCAUAGUGCGAAAGUUUGAGGCGAUGCUGCAGGAGAACGAGGGGAAGAUGUUGACGACUUCUGGGAUCGUCCCAUGCACAGUGCCUGUAGAUUCCAAGUGCAAUAUCAGUUGCUGCCACAGCCGGUGGUCCUGCGAUGGAAGCAGGUUUGGCAGCAGCAAGUCAUCUACAUACGUGCCUGUCCAGAAAUGCCUGUCAGAGCUAAACAUACCAUCAACCGGAGUGGACUACCGCCAAGACCACAAAGCAGCCGGGACCCAAAAAGGCCCUGGGGAACAUCUCAGCCCCCUGGGCCCAGAUCUCCCUGGAAAGGACAUCCAUGUGGACGUAAGCCUGCCCACUUUAGACAUCCUCCCCACCCAGGGCAGGGCCAUAACCCCUCGGAGAAAUGCAAUGCUGGAGCAGAAGACUGCAGAGUUCAACCGCACUCUUUUCCAGGCCGAAAUGGGGCGGGGCUAUGAUAACAAGGAGAGUGUCAGCCCCGCAGACAUGUCUACGAGUUCCACUCCACAGCAGCCAAAGGUCAACCCCAGGGAUGUGAAUGUUGACAUUAGGCCACCACCCCAUGUCAUGGAGGUCAAACAUAAAGAGGGGCCAACAACAGGGCUGAAAUACCCCAAGUCACAUUAUGCAGAGGUGAAGCUCGAGGAGGCAAGUUUCGAGCUUCCAGUGCAGUACCAUGAGGCCACCCUGAAGCAGGUGGCUUCAGAGCUCACGCCACAGUACCCUGUGGUGAGAGUCAGGGACAAGAUUCACCCCUCGACUCGAAACCCUCCAGAGAUGAAGCCAAGGUCUGUAGCAGCGCUUGACCGCCAGCCAGAGUGCAAGCAGAAAAGAGAGGUGAAUCCCUUCUCAUCUGAGCAAAGUGUAACCGCGAUGACACAGCUUUGCGCGAGUGUGACAGUGACCCCCAUCCAAUCCAGAAGGGUUGAGCCACCCAGUGCUGCAUUGGCAGGGGGAGCCCAACACCCCUUGGAGACCAGGCCAAGGCAGCCAGAGACCACCAAGCUGGACCUGCCCAAAACCAGGUCGCGGAUCCUGAACGAAAACCCCUGGAAACCCACCACCUUGGCCGCGUACCCUCGGCCCGUGGACUCCAGGUCCAAUUACGGUGCCAUCGAGCGGAUUCUGAAGAGCUAUGAGUGCUCGUCUCAGACGCCGCCGCCUCCCACGCCCAGCCCUGGGAAGGAGGACGACCUCAUCGAGCUCAUGGACAUGCUGGACAUGGAGCACCAUGCCAGGUCCGGUCAGAGACUCACACACACAACGCAAAGACAGGCAACUACGCACAAAGAGACACAUGUGACAGUACAGAAAAGCAAAGAGUCCAGCGUGACCUCCAGGAAGAGCUUCUCCCGGCCUGCCUGCCCCGCCAACCGACGCCUCCCCUCUCGCUGGGCGAGCCGUUCUCCUUCCGCGUCGUCCACGUCCUCCUCGUCCGCCUCAUCCUCGCCGAUCACCCAGCUGUCUGUGGUCUCCACUCAGAAGCAGACCUUCUCCUACGCCGCCUUCCACACUGAGACGGUCAUCUACUGAUCUGAACACUCAAUUAAAAACACACAAACAAACAAACAAACAAACAAACAAGUCAACAAGCUUCUACUCUGCCUUCCACACUGAGACGGUCAUCUUCUGAUCUGAACACUCAACUAAGAACACACAAACAAACAAACAAGUCAACAAGCUUCUACUCUGCCUUCCACACCGAGAUGGUCAUCAUCUGAUCCAAACAAACAAAUAAAAACAAGCAAACAAGUAAAUAAGCACUGAGCGAGAAGCUUUCCAAAAACUCUAACUGCUCCUCUCUGCCCUUUCCCCUGCCUACCUUUGUAUAUAUACGGCCAGACAAAGACUGUUACUGCAACACUAUGGAAAAUGGCUCCUUUGGGAGGGCCUCUGUAUCGAACUCACCUGUUUCACCUGACAUGAUUUUUGUUUAUUUUAUGAAAAAUCUGUUUUUAAAGAGAUUCCUAUGUAUUUUUUUGUUUUCUUUUAGGUCAUUUUAAUGUUUCCUUUUCAUCGUGUUUACCAAAGGCUUGUAAUUACGUACAGUACAUCAACCCUUUCCUUUCUGUGUCGGGUUUGUUUGUGACAGACCUGCUGUGUGUUUCUCCAGUGGAUUUCUCACUCAGAAGCCAACUAUGUGGGGCUCUGUGUUUGUGUUUAAACCUGUCUGCAAUUUCAAAGCCUUUUUAAUGACGCCUUCUUUUAUGAACUCUUCCUAGAGUGAUCUCCGUAAGACACAGUUAAUUGAAUAGUAAUGGCCUACAUGCUCAGUAAAUAUUGUGAAACAUAUCACAGAAGUGAUGCCUUUGCAACCAUUUUAUGGUAAUAAAUAUUUCAAAUGCAAGAA